AUGAGUAGAGACAUUGGAGAGCUGAGUGAGUCUGACGAGGGAGAGCCAGACUUGAGCAGAGAAGAGCCAGACCUGAGAAGAGAAGAGCCAGACUUGAGAAGAGAAGAACCAAAUGAGCUAGCCAGCUUGUGGAGUAGACCAGUAACUAGAUCAAGGCUGAGAGCACAAGAGGAGAGGCUCCAGGAGAUAGCCAAAAUCGUGGGUCUUGGAUCAAGACAAGGAGAUCAAGAUAAACCAGCCUCUACUGAUAACCUAGGCAAUCUCAAGCUUAGAAUCCCUCCAUUCCAUGGGAAGAAUGAUCCUGAUGCUUACUUAGAGUGGGAGAAGAAGAUUGAACUGGUUUUCAAUUGCCAGCAGCUCACUGAGGAGAGAAAAGUGAGACUAGCAGCUACUGAAUUCUGUGGAUAUGCUAUUAGCUGGUGGGAUCAGAUUGCUACUACCAGGAGACGCAAUGGAGAGCCUCAAGUAGCUUCCUGGUUUGAGAUGAAAACUGUGAUGAAGAAGAGAUUUGUGCCUAAUCACUAUUGGAGAGAUCUACACCAGAAGUUGAGAAGGCUUUCUCAAGGGUCUAAGAGUGUAGAGGACUAUCACCAGGAGAUGGAAACACUCAUGUUAAAAGCUGACUUAGAAGAAGGUGUAGAAGCUAUUAUGGCUAAAUUCCAAGGAGGUCUUAACAGAGAUAUACAAGAUAGGUUGGAGCUACAAGAAUAUGAGGACAUGGAUGAACUGCUACAUAAAGCUAUCUUGAUUGAGCAGCAGAACAAGAGGAAGAGCUCUAUCCGGUCUUCAUACACUCCUACUUCAAAACCAGCCUACUCCAAGGAAGAUAAGCCAGGGGAUAAGUCCAAAGAUGGUUCUUCUUCAGUAGAGACCAAGAGAGAUGACAAGGGUAAAGGAGUAGCCACAUCUACUAAGACCAGGAACAUUAAGUGUUUCAAGUGUCAUGGCUUUGGUCACUAUGCUAAUGAGUGCACCAACAAGAAGGAGGACGCAGGCCAAGAGUCAGAUGAGGAAGGCGUGGAGUACCCUGUCCGUGGAGAGCUACUAGUCACCAGGAGACUUCUCAAUGCUCAACCUAAAGCCAAAGAAGAUGAGCAAAGGGAAAACUUGUUCCACACCAGAUGCUUGGUUCAAGAAAAGGUUUGCAGCUUGAUCAUUGAUGGAGGAAGCUGUACUAAUGUAGAAAGUGCUGAGUUGGUUGCUGAGUUGGUGGAGAAGUUGGGUCUUCAAAUCACCAAGAAAGUGAAGGUCUUGCUAUCAGUGGGAAAGUACCAGGAUGAGAUCACUUGUGAUGUAGCACCCCUUGAAGCUAGCCACAUCCUUCUGGGACGUCCAUGGCAGUAUGAUAAGAGAUCAGUACAUGAUGGCUUUACCAACAGAUACACUUUUAUCCAUAAGGAGAAACAAGUUACCCUGGCGCCAAUGACCCCUCAGGAGAUACACCAGGAUCAGAUACAUCUCAAACUGAAGAGAGGAGAGUCCAAGGCCGCCAGCAAGUCCUUGCUUCUUGAAGAGACCAAACAGGUAAGUAAACUCAACCUCUUUGUUACUGCUAAAGAUAUCAAAACUGCUGUGAUUGAACAAUCAAAUUUGAUACUAGUGGUUUAUAAAGAAUUGUUGAGCUCUACUACUAACCCUGCUCCUGAGAUUCCAGAGGAGAUUGAGUGCCUUUUGCAGGAGUAUAGAGAUGUGUUCCCAGAGGACAACCCAAUAGGUCUGCCGCCUAUUAGGGGAAUAGAGCACCAGAUUGAUUUUGUACCAGGAGCUACUUUGCCAAACCGUCCAGCAUACAGGACCAACCCUGUGGAGACCAAGGAGCUUCAGAAACAAGUCAAUGAGCUAAUGGAGAAGGGACAUAUCAGGGAGAGUAUGAGUCCUUGUGCUGUACCUGUCCUCUUGGUCAGGAAGAACAUUGAGGAGAGAACCAAGAUGUAUGAGAGGCAGAAGAACAAGGGGCGCAAGGAGCUAGUACUUGAACCGGGUGAUCUUGUGUGGAUUCACAUGAGAAAAGAGAGGUUUCCUAUUGAGAGGAAAUCAAAGUUGCUACCAAGGAAAGAUGGACCUUUCAGAGUGCUGAAGAGAAUCACCAACAAUGCCUACCAGAUCGAUCUUGAAGGGAAAUACACAAUCGGUUCUACUUUCAAUGUUUCUGACCUGGAUCCUUUUAUUGCAGAUGAUUUGGAUUUGAGGUCAUGA